GUUCAACUCGUUCAGCUCAACAACUGGCCUUGCCACACUCGGGGACUACUCAUUCGUUUCGGCCACGGAGGUGCGCUCAAACAGCAGCCACAUUAACUUGCGAUUCAAUUGAUUCCUUCAUACCCCCUCUUUUGAUCGCUCCGGCCACCAGCCUGCAAUACCCGACCGUCAUGGCUCUCCGCCGUCCAUUUACGCUCCCCCGGCAACUGCUGCGACCGGUCACUCGCGUUUCGCUCGGAUACUUGAAGGAACAGAGGCACGGUCUUGCAACGGCCGUACCUCCGGUUACUCAGGAUGCGACUGGUUCGAAGGGCCCGACGGCAAUGGUCUUCCUGAACAUGGGAGGACCCUCGAAGACAGACGAAGUGGAGGACUUUCUCAGCAGGUUGUUUGCCGACGGUGACCUGAUUCCUCUGGGCAGACUCCAGGCAUAUAUCGGACCCCUCAUUGCGAAACGCAGAACGCCCAAGAUCCAGAAGCAAUACUCAGAAAUUGGCGGGGGCUCGCCCAUCCGGAAAUGGUCGGAAUACCAGUGUGAGGAGAUGUGCAAAGUGUUGGACAAGAUCAACCCGGAGACUGCGCCUCACAAACCGUACGUCGCGUUUCGGUACGCCGCACCCUUGACCGAGACUAUGUACGCCAAGCUGCUGGAGGAUGGAUUCGGAAACGGCAAGGGCGGGCGGGCGGUCGCCUUCUCGCAGUACCCACAAUACUCUUGCUCUACUACGGGCAGCUCCUUGAACGACCUCUGGAGGUGGAGAAAUCGGCUGGAGGGCAAGCGGGCGAAUGGUGACGUGGACGCUUCGGGGUCCAUCCAGUGGAGUGUCAUCGAUCGGUGGCCCACGCACCCGGGCCUUGUAGAAGCCUUUGCGAAGAACAUCGAAGAUCAGCUCAAGACCUACCCCGAAGAUAAGAGAAACGGUGUGGUUCUCUUGUUCUCCGCCCACAGCUUGCCGAUGAGCGUGGUGAACAGGGGCGACCCUUAUCCUGCCGAAGUUGCGGCGACUGUCCAUGCAGUGAUGCAGCGACUCAACUUCAGCAACCCUUACCGACUCUGCUGGCAGUCUCAGGUCGGACCAAAGGCUUGGCUCGGGGCGCAGACCAGCGAUACGGUCCAAGAGUACGUGAAGCGCGGUCAGACCGACAUUGUCCUUGUCCCGAUCGCGUUCACCAGCGAUCACAUUGAGACUCUGUACGAGCUGGAUCUCGAAGUCAUGGAGGAGGCCAACCAUCCCGGAGUCAAGCGGGCCGAAAGUCUGAACGGUAGCCCCAUUUUCAUACAAGCCCUUGCGGAUGUCGCCAAGGAGCACUUGAAUAAGGAGGAGAAAUGCUCUCUGCAGAUGACUCUGCGUUGUCAGGGCUGCAAGAGCGACCGGUGCUUGGAGCAGAAGAAGUUCUUUGCGGGUGAAAAAGCUGCUUCUCUUGUUGUCUGAUCCGCUUGUUGCGAAACCCUUCUGAUAAGAUCUUUCUGGGGAAAGGCGUUUGAGUGUAUCCUAUCUCUUUCUUUCUAAGAUGUACAAUAGCCUACAUAGGAGACGAACUUGGUAUUUCGGCAAAUUUGGCAACGAAUAGAUAGACUGGUG